UUCACUUGUACUCGCGAAUCAGCCGGCUGUGCACCUCGUAACUCUCUCCAAAAAUUCUAUUCAAUUCAGAAUUCAAGAAGAAAGAAGUAAAAAAAAAACCCACAUCCUUUUUUUUUUUUUUUCUAAUCGCCCCCCAUCAGUCUAUGUCGACGAUAAAGGGAGUCUCACUUGGUGAAUAGCUGUGCUGUAGAGUGAUACAUUUUUGGUUUUCUCUCGUUGAGGACAUUUUCUCUGCUCUCGUUUUUUUUUUUUUCUAAAAAGGACUUGUACCUAUUUUAACUAAAACAUUUAAUUGUGGUGAACAAAUGAGUGCAUCUCCCACGCACUCAAAUAGCUCGUGAUAUUACACUUCUUUGAUCUUUGCCUAAAGAACAUUCCUUUUUAUGGGUUUUCAAUUUUGAAAGUUUCUUGAACUGUUUUCGCGAUAGUUUUGGACAAAGUGAAUCCAAUUUCUAGAAUCCAAAAACCACGUCGAAAAGUGCUCUCAGAAAAAAAGGAAAAGACUCGAAAGUCUAUUCUCUUCUCUAAAAAUUUUGUACGUGUGAUUUCCCCAACAAGUGAAUUAUUGCCCCUGAAACAGUUUUAUUUAUUUUGUUUAACUUAAGUUUCAUAAAGUUGAUUAAACCUGCUUCCUUAAUAAAGUGAAACUCUCAAGGAAUCUAUACGGCUAUCAAGCCGGCUAAUUAUGGACUGUUUCCUGAGCAAAUCCCAAUUUAAAAAUGACAAUUUCAAUAGCAACAGCAAUGAUUCAACAAAUAACAGCAACAACAAAAGCAACAGCAACAAUAGCAAUAAGAAAAGGAAGAAAACUAACAGUGAAUGUACUUCAUCGUCAACUUCCGGCCGAAGAUCGAAGACUAAAAAAAUCAACGUAGGCCUUGAUACAAAUAGUGAUGAUGAUACAGCUAUACAAUGGUUCUCAUCUUCGUCCUGCCAAUCAACAUCUAGUCGCCUAAGUAACAAUGGCAAUACAUCGUCGAAAAGAAAACGACACUCUUCAUCAUCUUUGGACGAUAAGGAUCCUGAAUUGGGUCAAGAUGGGCCCUCAGCCAAACGUCAACACAUUGCCAUCAACACAUCCACCUGCUACACAACAACAACAACACAAAAUAGCGAUCCAUCGAGUUCAGUACCAUCAUCUGUCUAUCCAUCGCCAGUUGAUGAAUUUGUUGAAAUCGAUACCCGCAGCAGUUCGGAUUGUAACCGACCACCCCCAACUUACAACAGCCUGCCCACCCCCGAAAGUCCCAAUAGUAUCGAAGAUGAAAUUAUUCCCGAAUCAUCAUCGAUUGCCUCAUUCGAAACAGCAUCCACAACAUCAGAUAGUGAAUGUACAUUACAUCAAGCAUCCGAAAAUACCGAUUCACGUUCAUCAAAAGUCAAAUCAUUUGAUGAUUAUGUAACGCUGUACGAUUGUAUGACACCUGUUGAACCAUCUGAACCGCGUUCAUGUCCCCUUCCCGCACUAUCAUGGGCCAAUGCCUCUGACGUGUGGAAUUUUAUGUGUAAAAAAGACGAAGCUGCCUCAUACCUCCGUGAUUCGACUAUGUUGGAUAAUCAUCCUGGACUCCAGCCACGGAUGCGGGCUAUCCUACUCGAUUGGUUGAUUGAAGUGUGUGAAGUGUACAAAUUACAUCGCGAGACCUAUUACCUUGCAGUUGACUAUUUAGAUAGAUAUUUGAGUACACAAAAGCGAGUUCAGAAGACACAUUUGCAAUUGAUCGGUAUCACUUGUUUGUUUAUUGCUGCUAAAGUCGAAGAAAUCUAUCCGCCGAAAAUUGCCGAAUUCGCCUAUGUGACAGAUGGAGCGUGUUUGGAAGAAGAUAUUCUUCAACAUGAGAUUAUUUUGUUGCAAGCGUUAGAUUGGAGUAUUAGUCCAAUGACAGCAAUGGGAUGGUUGGGUGUUUAUAUGCAACUUAAUGUUAGCAAUAGAACACCUGCGUCAUUAGCUGGUGGUAGUGCGGCAGCUUCUUACCCAAAGAAAGGUGAUGUUGAUGAUACAUUUAUUUAUCCGCAAUUUUCUGGUCUGGAAUAUGUUCAAACGGCACAGCUGCUGGACUUGUGUUCGUUAGAUGUUGGCAUUGGUAAUUAUGCAUAUUCAGUGAUAGCAGCUGCUGCAAUAAGUCAUUCCUUUGAUAAAGAAACUGCUCUAAGAGUAUCGGGAUUAGAUUGGGUGACGAUACAACCCUGUGCUCGAUGGAUGGAACCAUUUUUCAAAGUCAUUAGCGAAGAAUCGGAACAUUUGUAUUUGAUGGAACAAAAUGAACAGAUAGCAUCAAAAUCUGGCCUAGCACAUUUAUGUCCGAAUAUUGUCACAGAUGAUUCACAUAUCAUUCAAACGCACACUACUUCGAUGACUAUGUUUGACAGAGCCUACUUAAUCAGCGAACAAAACGCUGCCAUGGAUAAAACCAUAAAAACAGAAGCCUCACCUGCCACUGGUCUUAAAUGUCCUGAAGGUUUAUUAACACCACCAUCAUCUAGUCGAAAACCUUUAGAAGAUGACAUAGAAGACAAUGAUGACGACGAUUGUCCACAACAACAAGAUAACCAUCGAGUACAAACAUCAAAAAUGUCAUCAUCAUCAACAACAUUAACAACCUCAUCAUCAUCAUUAUCAUCAUCAACGACAUCGGCAUUAUCGUUAAAAGAAAACCAAGAAAAUGUGCCCAAUAUAUAAUAUAAAAAGACUUAAUAAAUUACAAUUUUAAAUUUACAAAAAGAAACAAAAAAUAACAGAAACAGAAAAUAAAUAAAAAAAAACUAUCUUAAAGCUGCACUAAACUGCAAGUAUAUACAUAUAUAAAUAUUUAUUCUUAGUCACUAAAUAAAAUUUUAGCUAAAUAAUAUUAUUAUUUUUUUUUUAUUUUUUAAUAGAAACAUAAAUAUAAUUAUAAAAUAGUUAAACUUAA